CUUUUUGUUAUUAGCCAUAUGUAUGUACGCUAGAAACCCCCCAAAUAGCCUGAAAAUCGUCGCCAAGUAAUUUCAAGGGGAUGCACAAGCUCUUAUCAGGCGGUGUGAACCACCUGCUCGUUCGGGGAUCCCAGUGCGAAUCGCAGCUCAUCUUACAGAUAAGGCAGAUAAGUUCACUGGCGACUGCGACGGGAAGCCCCCUUCACAGGUCGAUUGCUAUAUAAUGCGAGGUAACUGCAUCCCAGCAUCGACACUCAAUCGUCAGCCGCCAAGUCAAGAAGAUUAAAUCAACAAAGGAACAAAAAUACAGCAAGAUGAGCAAAAUUGUUCUCCUAAUCGUGGUCAUCAUCGGCGUCCUUGGCUGCCUUGCGGUGGCCCUGCCCCAGCGUGUGUAUACCCAGCCACUGAUCUACUAUCCUCCACCGCCGACGCCACCCAGAAUCUACAGAGCACGCCGCCAGGUGCUGGGUGGCUCACUCACUUCCAAUCCGGCUGGUGGCGCCGAUGCCCGGCUGGAUCUCAGCAAGGCCAUAGGAACUCCCGAUCACCACGUGAUUGGUCAAGUGAUCGCAGCGAGCAACACCCAGACCAAACCGGUGUCCACUCCCGUAACCAGCGGCGCCACCUUGGGCUACAACAAUCAUGGACACGGCCUGGAACUGACCAAGACCCACACGCCCGGUGUGCGGGACAGCUUCCAGCAGACGGCCACCGCCAACUUGUUCAACAACGGAGUCCACAAUCUGGACGCCAAGGCAUUCGCCUCGCAGAACCAGCUGGCCAACGGCUUCAAGUUCGAUAGGAAUGGAGCUGGCCUGGAUUACUCCCACAUCAAGGGGCAUGGAGCGACGCUGACGCACGCCAACAUUCCCGGACUGGGCAAGCAACUGGAGCUGGGUGGACGGGCCAAUCUCUGGCAGUCGCAGGAUCGCAACACCAGGCUCGAUCUUGGCAGCACGGCCUCCAAGUGGACCAGUGGACCCUUCAAGGGCCAGACCGAUUUGGGCGCCAAUCUGGGUCUCUCCCACUACUUCGGCUAAACAGCUUAAACUAUACAGAGAAAAUAUUUUAAAAUGUUAUAGCAAAUAUUUAUUCAUCUAUUAUUAUUCUUCUAAAAUGUAGUUUGAUUUUUAUUCAAUUAA